AUGAAACGCAUCAAUGUCGGUCUUCGUCUCCGUCAUUUUCCGACAUUCAGACUAUUUCAAACCCGAGAAGUAGCUUCUUCUGCACGCAAACCAGAAUUUGAAUCGACAUCACGACAUGGGACAUCUUUUCAUGACAAUUUGCUGGGUCAGAUACUUGACACUUACCCAGAUGUCAAAACCCUUAGAACAGUCCAUUCAAGGAUCAUCAUGGAAGAUCUACGCUCCAAUUCUUCUUUAGGCGUUAAACUUAUGAGAGCUUACGCUGUUCUAAAAGAUGUGGCGUCAGCACGCAAGGUGUUCGAGGAAAUUCCUGAGAGAAACGUGAUUAUCUUUAAUGUCAUGAUCAGAAGCUACGUGAACCAUGGGUUUUACCGUGAAGGUAUUCAAGUGUUUGGGACGAUGUGUGGAUGUAAUGUCAGACCUGAUCAUUACACUUUCCCUUGUGUUCUAAAGGCUUGUUCUUGCUCUGGGAAUAUUGUCGUUGGGAAGAAACUCCAUGGGUCUGCUACAAAGGUUGGGCUCUCUUCGACUUUGUUUGUUGGGAAUGGUUUAGUUUCUAUGUAUGGAAAAUGUGGAUUUUUAGCUGAAGCACGGCUUGUACUUGAUGAGAUGACAAGGAGAGAUGUUGUCUCUUGGAACUCGUUAGUUGCUGGAUAUGCGCAAAAUCAGAGAUUUGAUGAUGCUUUGGAGGUUUGUAGGGAAAUGAAAUCCGUGAAGAUAAGCCAUGAUGCUGGCACAAUGGCUAGUCUGUUACCAGCAGUGACCAACACGACAACGGAAAAUGUUAUGUAUGUGAAAGAUAUGUUUUUAAAUAUGGGGAAAAAGAGUUCGGUUUCGUGGAAUGUGAUGAUCGGUGUGUAUAUGAAAAAUGCGAUGCCUAUUGAAGCUGUUGAAUUGUAUUCCCGAAUGGAAGCUGAUGGGUUCGAACCUGAUGCAGUCUCAAUCACAAGUGUAUUACCUGCUUGUGGGGAUACAUCUGCUCUGACUCUUGGUAAAAAAAUCCAUGGAUACAUCGAGAGGAAGCAGCUGAUACCAAAUAUGUUGCUAGAGAACGCAUUGAUCGACAUGUAUGCAAAAUGCGGGUGUCUAGAUAGAGCAAGAGAGGUGUUUGAGAACAUGAAGUCCCGGGACGUUGUGUCUUGGACAGCUAUGAUCUCAGCUUAUGGAGUGAGCGGGAAAGGCUGUGAUGCCGUGACAUUGUUUUCUAAAAUGCAAGACUCGGGUCUCGUCCCUGAUUCAAUUGCGUUUGUCACAACACUCGCUGCUUGUAGCCACGCGGGUCUACUAGAAGAAGGUCGGAGUUGUUUCAAACUCAUGACAGAUCAUUACAAGAUAACUCCUAGGCUAGAGCAUUUUGCUUGUAUGGUGGAUCUUCUUGGCCGAGCCGGAAAAGUGGAAGAAGCUUAUAGAUUUAUACAAGAAAUGCAAAUGGAACCAAACGAGAGAGUUUGGGGAGCGUUAUUAGGAGCUUGCUGGAUGCAUUCAAAUACAGAUAUCGGUUUACUCGCAGCUGAUAAGCUUUUUCAGUUAGCACCUGAGCAAUCUGGUUACUACGUAUUGCUUUCUAACAUAUACGCAAAAGCUGGAAGAUGGGAAGAGGUAACAAACAUCAGAUAUCUGAUGAAGAGUAAAGGGUUAAAGAAGAACCCCGGAGCGAGCAAUGUUGAGGUCAAUGGAGAAAUUCAUACGUUCUUAGUAGGCGACAGGUCAAACCCGCAAUCUGAUGAGAUCUACAAGGAGCUUGAUGUUCUAGUAAGGAAAAUGAAAGAGCUAGGGUACGUUCCUGAUUCGGUUUCCGCGCUUCAUGAUGUGGAAGAAGAAGAGAAAGAGACGCAUUUGGCUGUUCAUAGUGAGAAACUAGCCAUUGUGUUUGCUCUGCUGAACACAACAGAGGAAGAAGAAGACAGCAAUGCGAUAAGAAUAACGAAGAACCUUAGAAUAUGUGGAGAUUGUCAUGUUGCAGCUAAGCUUAUCUCGAAGAUAACUUGUCGUGAGAUCAUCAUCAGAGACACGAAUAGAUUUCAUGUGUUCCGGUUAGGUGUUUGCUCUUGUGGUGACUAUUGGUGA